CCACUUUUCCUCUCCCCCUCGCACGCGGCCUCUUCUUUCCGUUCCGUCCUUCCUUGCGCUUGCGGCGGCGGCGCGAAGCCAUCGGAGAACUUUCGAGGGGGAGCCAGCUAGGGUUUGGGCCGCGGCGGCGCGCGACGAUGUCGGCGUACGACGAGGUGGAGAUCGAGGACAUGGAGUGGAGCGAGGAGCUGGGGGCGUACACGUACCCGUGCCCCUGCGGCGACCUCUUCCAGAUCACGCUCGCCGACCUCCGCCUCGGGGAGGAGAUCGCGCGCUGCCCCUCCUGCUCGCUCUUCCUCACCGUCGUCUACAACGAGGAGGACUUCGCCGACGCCAAGGAGCCCCCGCAGAAGCCGCCGCCCGCCCCGCAGCCCGUCGCCGUCGCCUGAAGCGCAAUCCCCCGCACCCCCCGUGGGUGGCUCGUCGGCAUGGACGGACGACAGGAUCAGCAUCGUAGCUGGGAGAGGAAUGAGAGAGAUUGCUUGGCAUACGCGGGAGCAUCUGUACUUGUACUUGUAAAAUGAGAAAAAUCGCAGCGUCGUAUCAACUUUUGGUUGUUUAACUGAAUUUAUCCGUGUGGACUCACUCAGUUGUUACAAAGGCACUGUCCAUGACUGGUGCUUCAAAAUUUCGUUAUCCCAGUUUUUGUACCCGAUGACUCACCGAUCUCAUUGCUGCGCCUUGUGGUAA